AUGAAUUCGACAGCCAACCUGCGCAUAUUGCUCAUAGGCAAUGGUGGUCGCGAACAUGCGCUGGCCUGGAAGCUGAGCCAGUCCCCCCUGGUCGAGGCUAUCUACGCCGCCCCUGGCAAUGGAGGUACUGCUUCCUGCCCCAAGACUACCAACAUCACCGAUAUCGCCGCCAAUAACUACGCCGCCCUCGUCAAAUUUGCUCAGUCCAAGUCCGUUGGUCUUGUUGUCCCUGGCCCCGAGGCGCCUCUUGUCGAUGGUGUUGAAGCCUUCUUCCGUGCUGCCGGUAUUCCUUGCUUCGGUCCUUCGAAGGAGGCCGCCCAGAUGGAAGGUAGCAAGACCUUCUCCAAGGAUUUCAUGAAGAGACACAACAUUCCUACUGCCGCCUACGAGAACUUCUCCAGCUACGAACAGGCUGUUGCCUAUAUCGACUGUAUAUCUCAUGACGUCGUCAUCAAGGCUACCGGCUUGGCCGCUGGCAAGGGCGUCAUCAUCCCUACUACUAAGGACGAGGCUAAGCAAGCCCUCAAGGAAAUCAUGGUCGACCGAGCUUUCGGUGACGCUGGAGAUGAGGUCGUCAUCGAGGAAUUCUUGACCGGCGACGAGUUGAGCAUCCUCACCUUCAGUGACGGAAACCACACCAUGUCCCUCCCCCCAGCUCAAGACCACAAGAGAAUCGGGGAUGGAGACCAGGGCCUCAACACUGGUGGCAUGGGCUGCUACGCUCCCACUACCAUCGCUACCAAGGAGCUAAUCCGCCAAAUUGAGCUCGAAGUCGUCCAGCCGACUGUCGCUGGCAUGCGCAAGGAGGGCUACCCAUUCAGAGGUGUCUUAUUCACCGGCCUCAUGAUUACCCCACACGGCCCUAAGGUUCUCGAGUACAACGUCAGAUUCGGUGACCCGGAGACCCAGACUGUGCUCCCUCUUCUAUCCGCCGAUACGGAUCUCGCCGAAGUUAUGCUCGCAUGCACGGCUCACGAGGCCCGCUUGGACUGCGUCGACAUCAACAUCGAGAAUAAGUACAGCGCUACCGUCGUCGUGGCCGCAGGCGGUUACCCAGAAGCUUAUGCCAAGGGAACCCCCAUGGUGGUCAACCCGUCGAUGUCACCGGACGUCACGGUCUUCCAUGCCGGAACGAAGCUGACUCCCGAAGGCCAGCUUCAGACUGCGGGAGGUCGUGUCAUCGCCGUGAAUGCCACUGCUGAAAGCCUCGAAGCCGCGGUCAAAAAGGCGUACGAGCAGGGAGUCACACUCAUCAGCUUCGACAAGAUGUACUAUCGCAAGGACAUUGCCCACCGCGCGUUCCGUUCAAAACAAGAGCGUGAGGCUCUGACGUAUGCCGGCGCUGGCGUAAGUGUUGACGCGGGCAACGAGUUCGUCGAGCGCAUCAAGAAGGCCGUUCGUGCGACCAAGCAGCCUGGUGCGGAUGCCGAGAUUGGCGGCUUCGGUGGCGAGCUAGAUCUCGCCAAGUGCGGUCUUCAACUCGACAACGGCCAGCUCCCGGUUUUGGUCGGGGCGAUUGACGGCGUUGGCACCAAGCUCAUGAUUGCUCAGAAAAUGGGCAAGCACGAUACCGUAGGUAUCGAUUUGGUGGCAAUGAAUGUUAACGACCUGGUCGUCCAGGGAGCCCGACCCCUAAUGUUCUUGGACUACUACGGAUGCAGCAGGCUUGACCUGGGAACCGCGGCAUCCUUUGUUGAGGGCGUUGCGGCGGGUUGCAUUGAUGCCGGGUGCACACUUGUCGGUGGUGAAACCGCUGAGAUGCCCGGCAUGUACCAGAAGGACGACUAUGACGCCGCUGGUUGCGCAUUCGGCGUUAUGAUCAACAGCCAGAGGCUGCCCCGCAAGGAUGAUAUGGCUCCUGGCGAUAUUUUGCUUGGUUUGGCGUCGAGUGGCGUCCACUCGAACGGCUUCUCUCUCGUACGCCGUAUCCUAGAGAGAGAGGGACUUGCUUACACGGACGAGGCCCCGUGGGAUGCUGGCAAGACAGUGGGUGAGAGCCUCUUGACACCAACCAAGAUCUACGUCAAGAGUCUACGCAAGGUCGUUGAAGGCCGCCUGGUCAAGGGCCUUGCCCACAUUACUGGUGGUGGUCUGAUUGACAACGUGCCUCGUAUGCUCCCGGAUCAUCUGGCUGCCGAGAUCGACCUUAACACAUGGGAGAUGCCUGCCGUCUUCAAGUGGCUGAAGACAAGCGGUAACGUCGAGCCGUAUCAAAUGGUUCGCACCUUCAACACUGGCAUCGGUAUGGUUGCAGCUGUGGAUGUAGCCUUUGAGAAAGAGGCUGUCGCAGCAUUAGAAGCUGCUGGCGAGAGAGUCCUUCGCUUGGGCAGGUUGGUGCAGCGAUCCGGCAAGGAGCCCCAGUGCACGGUGCUUAAUUUAGACACGUGGGCAUGA